AACGUAAAAAACGAACAAACAAACAAAUCUUUGGGCUACAUCUGGUGAUAGGUUAAAUUCUGCAGUUUGGAACAUAAAGGUUCCCACAUAUCUGGACUCACAGUUUACUCUGAGAGGCUUGACAAAUCCAGCAAACUCAAAGAGAUCAUGGAAUGGAGGCGAAGGCACAGAUACUGCAGUGUCACCCUUUUCCUCAUUGUGCUUGUGUUUGUGGUAGGCCUCGUUAUUCAGGAUCACUGGCCUUUUCCAAACAAAAUCCAAAAUCCCAAGCUGAAGGAGCUUUUGACGUGCCCUACACCACUAGCAUCAAAUGAAAAUGUCAUCCCAGCUUCAGAUCCAAGUUUGCAGCAGAGGCUGGAAAACUCCUUGCUUUUGAACAUCAGUUUGAGCGAAGAGAUUACAGCGUCAAAUAUACUCAGAGUUGAACCUUACAUGUACAUCAUCAACGAGCCAAAAGCAUGUCUGCCGCGAGCUCCUUUCUUAGUGCUUUUGAUUGAAGUUGAGCCCAAGAAAACGGAAGCCAGGGACGCCAUCAGGAAAACAUGGGCCAGUGAAAGUCUGGCUGGUGGUUUGGGUUUCGUGCGGCUCUUUUUCCUAGGUAUAAAUCGAGACACCCAAAAAAAUGGCAGCAAACUGCAGCACACAAUAGAGGAAGAAAGUCAUCGCUAUCAUGAUAUCAUCCAGCAAAAUUACAAGGAUACUUACAACAACCUCACCCUGAAAACGCUGAUGGGGAUGUACUGGAUCACAAAAUAUUGUCCCCAGGCCAAAUACGUCAUGAAGACAGACAGUGACAUGUUUGUCAACACCGAAUACCUCAUAGAAAAACUUUUAAAGCCCAAAGGGGAGCUCACACAGAAGUAUUUCACAGGACAUCUCAUGCCACACUUGCCCCCAGACCGAAACAAAAAGAGUAAAUGGUAUAUGCCCCCAGAUGUGUACCCUGGUGGGCGAUAUCCCACUUUUUGUUCUGGGACUGGAUACAUCUUCUCAGGUGAUGUGGCUCAAAGGAUAUACGUGGUAUCUCUGACCAUACCCAGACUGCAUUUAGAAGACGUUUACGUGGGUUUAUGUCUAGCUAAAUUGAAGAUAGAGCCAGCGCCACCACCAAACGAACAGCUGUUCAAUCACUGGCGAGUGCCCUACUCCAGCUGUAGGUACAGCAAUCUGAUCACCUCUCAUGGGCUUCAGCCCAAUGAGCUGAUAGAAUACUGGCAGCACCUGCAGAGCAACAAGCACAAUCCCUGCCAAACGUCCUGGUAGAAUCAUCAAGUUAUGACAAUGCUUCAUGCCUUUUUGGAGGUUUAAAGGAGGAGGGUUCAGGACGGUUCAGGACAACCUUACCAGUGUUUUUAUUUGAUUUUCAUUACUGUAAUCUUUAUGAUUGGUUAUCUUUACAAAUCCGACUGAUUAAAUUAUUAUAAAAUAUUUAGUUGUUUUAAAAGUAUUAAUUUUUCUGAGAAAUAGGAUUGUAAACAUGCAAAAUAGGUCUUUAAGAUGUUAAAAGAUAUGGGCCUGGUUUCACAGACAGGGGUUAGGCUAAACCAGGAUCAGGCCAUAGUUCAAUUAGGACAUUUAACUAAUUUUUAUGAACACGCCUUAGAAAAAAAAACAUUACUGGUGUGCAUCUUGAGACAAAACAAAGACUAACAUUUUAGUCUGACUCAGGGACUAGGCUUUAAGAUUAGUUCACUUUCAGAACAAAAAUUUACAGAUAACUUACUCAUCCCCUUGCCAUCCAAGAUGUUCAUGUCUUUCUUUCUUAAGUCGUUAAGAAAUUAUGUUUUUUUGAGGAAAACAUUCCAGCAUUUUUUCUCCAUACACUGUAAAAAAACAAUUUGUUGAGUCAACUUAAAAUAAUUUGUAACCUGGCUGCCUUAAAAUUUUAAGUUCAGUCAACUCUGAAUGUUACUGAAAUGUUAAAUUAUACUAAGUGACAACCUAGAUAUUUGAGUUGAAUCAACUUAAAAUUUUAAGGCAGCUGGGUUCCUUACCCAUCUGUUAAGUUUAGCAAACACAAAUAUCUAAGUUGUUACUUAGUACAACUUAACAUUUCAAGUUGACUAAACUUAUUUUAGUUGACUGAACUUAAAAUUUUAAGGCAGCAGGGUAACAAAUUAUUUUAAGAUGACUCAACAAAUUGUGUUUUUUAUUUUUUUACAGUGUAUAGUGGACAUUAAUGGUGCCCACGAGUUUGAACUUUCAAAAAUGCAGUUUAAAUGCAGCUUCUAAGGGCUUCGAGGAAGAAGGGUCUUACAUAGCGAAACGAUCUGUCAUUUUCAUAAAUAAUUUAAUAUUUAAACACGUUUCAACCACAAAUGCCCCUCUUGUCUAGCGCUGCGUUGUGCAUGCUUACUGUGUGCACUCCUCCCAUGACCCAUUCAAGACAGGGUAGGUCGAAAAACUCUCUCUCAUUUUCUCCUCCAACUUCAAAAUCGUCUCACAUCGCUGCAGAAGUAUCGACCCAGCGUUUACAAAGUGAACAUGCAAAGAAGGUCAAACGCCCUUUACAGAAAAGGUAAAACAGCGAUGUAGGAUGAUUUUGAAGUUGGAGGAGAAAAUAAGAUGGGAGUUUUUCGACAUACCCUGACUGUCUUGAACGGGAGUGCACAGGGUACGCAUAGACUAGAUGCACAUUUGAGGUUAAAAAGUGUAUAACCGAUCUGUGAUGACUGAUCUUUCCCUAGAUAAGACCCUUCUUCCUUGGUUGGGAUCAUUUAGAGCCCUUUGAAGCUGCAUUUAAACUGCAUUUUGGAAGUUCACACGUCUGACGUCAAGCGUCACCUCUUCCGGGUCCAAACGCUCUAUCAGAUGACAUGAGAAAACAACAAACGGUACUAAUUACAUAAUGUGAUAUAAUACUACCACCAAAUUAUAAAUUAUAUCAGAUAGCCAUCGAUGAAAAUAUAAAUAUAAAUAAAUAUAAAAAUUAUUUGUGUUUGGGAUGCUGUGAGCAUGGAGACUGUAGUGUACACCGUAAAUUCGAAAAGCUUAAAUGUUUAAUAUGAAUAAACAGUGCUCAUGAACAGCUGCUGAGAUAGUAUUCUCAAGUGAAAUGAGUUGGGGUUUGGACUCGGAAACAUGUUUUUGAUCUGUUAAGUCAUUAUUGUCUGCAUUAGCGCUGAUUUGAAUGUACUGUUUCAAUGCUUUCGCUUACUGGAUCCUGGGACUUUCCAGGGGUUUAGCAGUUUUUAGCAGUUUGGGGGUCAGAAUUCGGCAUAACACCAGCAACAUGUCAGAAGUAUAAAAUGUUUAAUUUCAAAACUUUGCCAUUUACCAAUGCAUUUUUCAAAAUACCUUUAUUUAUUAAAUGUUACAGUCCAAGUGUAUUUAAAUGCCUCGUUCAUUUAAGUAAAUGCAUGGGUAAUUUGGCAAAGUGCGUUAAAUAUUUUAUGUACACUUAAAACUGCUGCUUUUUUGCUGUAAUUACAUGGUUUGUAGAUAAAUUGGUGUGUAAAUAAAUACUCAUGCCAGCUUGA